AUGAAGGUUCUUGUUUAUCUGAUGCUGUCAUGCCAGCUGGCGGCUCUUCCGGUAUUGCCGUCACAGACUCUGUUGGCUGAUUCUGCGCCAUCUUCCACGCCCGUUGUGGUAGAAAAGCGGAUGAAAAAGGCUAUUGUUAACAAGGACUACGCGCAGAGAAUGCAAGGAAAGGGCACCAGUUCGACCGCAGAGGCUGAGAUGCCGGCUCCUUGGCUGCGUACGAUCUACGGAAGCAUACCGGAGAUUGUGACGCCGACUGUAGUGGGCGGAAUCACGUUCAGUGCCAAACCUCCGGCCACCACGAACGGACUGGAGCCCUGGAUCUCGCUCAAGAAAGACGGGUCUCCAAAGACGAUAAACCCAAAGAUGAAGAACGGAAAGAUCCAGAACGGCCGUCCGGACCUCAAGACGUAUUUCCAAACAGCCACCACAGUCACAUACGACAAGGAGCAACUGAAGGCACAUAACAUGGCAGACGAUCAGGUGUUCACCGAGGUGAUCUGGCAGCCAGAAGACGAUACUUAUGUGUCUUUGAACCCGCUUAUGAGGUGCACUCCAGACUUCUACUAUAAGAAGGGAGUUGCCAGGGAGCUUGUUUCGGAGCCAUUCUGUUCGCCGCACGAAAACCAGAAACUGCAAACGGGCAAGACCUACUUCCUCACAUGGUACACCAGGUUCUUUGAGAAUGCCAGCAACGUGCGUGUCCACUACGCCUUUUUGAAAGAGUCCUCCAGAGAAAAGGGCAUGGCCAAGAGAGAUCUGGUAGAUUUGGGAGCACCGGUCAAGCCUAGAACCAAAAGCGUCCAUCACUCUACAGGACACAAGGGGGCCCUUCCUGGCACGUUUUUCUCCUCUGACUGGUUUAUCAAUAGAGAUGGAUACUUCCCGAUCGAAGUGGACGAAGAAUGGCUUGGAAAACAGCAGAGCAAGGCGGUUCUCAUCGCCAUCCAGCCGGACACCGUGGACGACGAAGACUUCAACCUCAUCGAAUCCGCGCACGUCGUGGUUCUGUUCCAGAAACGUGCUGUCGUUGCCAAAAACAGCAAGAUCGACAAGGAGCUCCAGGACCGUACGGGAACCAACGAUAAUGUUUACUACGUCAUUAUGUCUGUUCCUACCGUUGUAAUCAUUGCGGUCUUUGAACAGUACACCCAAGACCUGUCCAAUCUGCCGUCGGAGCUGGCAUAUUUGCUGGAGGAGUUGCGGGAGAAAGACCUCAAGCUGUAUGAUAUCAAGAAACGCGUAGGACAACGAGAUAACCAAUUGUUCAAGUUGAUCAAACAACAAGGCUCGUUGGUGAAGCAUCCCAAGGAGGACCAGAUAUACCAGAAAAACAGAGAAGACUUUGAAAAAGGCAUCAAGCUUCAGGAGGAAAAGUGUGUAUUAGCAAACACGGCGCUGUUUCUGCUGGCCAAGCAUUUGACCAAGCUGGAGAACGACAUCGAAAAGCUCGAACAGGAAGGAGUGGUACCUCCGAUUCUCAACGAGGAAUCAUCUGAAGAGGAGGACGCUGAAAAUGGCAUGCUGGACAUGCUGAGCUCGCAAAUUUCGAGCGCGUCGCUGGAUUCAAUGGGCUCGCUGACCCGCAAAGGCCGUCUUUCUCGCAAAUCAAGACACUCUACGCCGUCUAACGUCUACGUGAGCAACUACGCCAGUUCCUUCGGCGGCAUUCGAAAUAGAAUGACAUCUGAAGAGUUGAGCGAUCUAGAGAUGGAUGACAUGAUGAUAAGAGCGCCACGGAAGAAGAACUCUCUACUAGAGCACGGUGCUUCUGGUACGGUGACCAUACCAAAGGCGCCAAACCACAACUACAACGAGGAAGAUGAGCUGUGUCGUACGGAAACAUGAUUGCAUGUGAUAACUCAGAUUGCAAGUACGAGUGGUUCCACUAUGACUGUGUGGGGCUGAAGGAGCCGCCACAGGGGAUUUGGUACUGUCCCGACUGUCGUAAGGACAUGGAGCUUGGACGAAAGACCGACAGAAGACGCAGAGACCGCUAGAUUCUGGUUUGCCACGUGUCUUUGACUCGUUUUUGGCUUACUAGAGGACGCACGAGAAGAAUCGACAGGACUAGCAAGGCCAUGGUUGCCAUCAGAGCGUUUUUGUUGAAAUCGCCUUUCAUGGAGUCGAAAGAGCUGGACGGGCGCACCAGCGUCGCAAAGAGGUCGGUCCCGCUGCCCACCACCAGCGUGGUAGACUCGAGCUCGGUCGGUACAGACACCAGUUUCUGGGUUCCUAAGAUUUUUCUAUAAUGAGACAACGUCAGUUUGGGAUUCAAAGGUAGAACAGGCUGAUAUUUCAUAGGUGUACGCUCAGUCUUCUGCUUGCUGGUAUUGAAAGGACGUCUGGCAUUGACCAGUGCCCGGGGGAGAGCAACGAUUUCGCCCGAUUCCAAAGCAACAAUGACCCAUUUGGAGCUCACGUUAUGCUUGGUUCGUGUGAUCGUCAUGGCAGACACCGGGGCCGGCAAAAUGUAGGUCCGCACCUGAUGCUCCGGAACCUUCGAUCUUCUAUCGGGAACGAGCGACUCGUACAGCUCGAUGACUCCACAGAUGCUGGUCUCUGCGUUUUUCUCUGUCGUGGUGAAUAUGAUAAAGUUUUCUUCGAUAAAAAGCUUCAAAGAAUCCGGGUUCUCCGUCCUGUGAGUAAACGAUGAGUAUGUUUGGUUUGUGGCUUUGUUGUAAACCACAAACCUGACGACUCGCUCGUCGUCGUUGUAGAAUGCGGCCACUGCCGUGAAGGGAUUGAGGUAUUUGUACAGUGCUCUCCUAUUUUCCAGAACAACUGCUGGAGAUGCCACUUCUGAGUUAUUGUAUCUUCUCGAGGCGGCCUGCAGCAGGCGGUAGGAGGUGUCAAGGUUCGGAGGGUAUAGCGCUUCUGCUUCGUGCUGAACGUCCGUUUCAGACAGCCUUCCGUCUGUGACACAGAAGACGUGGUCAUUGACCGCAUAUGCCUGGUUGUCUACCUUGAAUAUUUUUGUGAAUCCGUGGCCUUUGAUGCUCCAUUCAUGGUGUCCGUAGCUGUCAAAGCCAUAGAUGUUUCCAUUAGUGGUCAAGACGAGAAUAGUUUUGUUAAAUCCAAAGUGCUUAUCGCUUUCCGACGGUGCGCUAUCCAGCAGCAGACGAAUGUUAUGCUUUGUUCUUCCAACGUAUCCGGACCAGUGUUUUUCACGUUCGAAAUCUUCAGCGGUGACUGCCAGCCUUUCGUGGCGGUCGAUUACUUCAAUAUCUUUGAUCUGGGCUAAUGACUCGUCUCUGGCCCACUUCAACUCGCCGUCUGCAUAUAGCAGCACGUCAUUUCCAGAAACCACAAACACGUUGAGCGAGUCGCCAAUAGUGGCGGCCUCGAAUAGGUCGGGGCGCGAGUCCAACGAAAAGGAACUAAUUGGGCUUGUUGGCUCGUCCAAGUCGUAAAUAUUCACUUUUUCCCCGACAGUGACAAGAAACUGGGAGCUGGCAACCCUCGCGUGUGUGGACCCGGCAAGAGCGGGAGCGAAUUUUGUGUUCUUCUGUCUCUGGAGCUUGCCAUUUUCAAGCUUGUAGACGUCUUUGUUGCACACGAUCCCGUCAUCUGUCAGUAAAAUCUGGCUGAAAUCGCAUACCAAUGAGCCGCUCGCACCUUCCAGAACCCAGUAAGACACUGCUUCAGACUCAUUUUUCGUGAUCAACACCACCUGAUCGACGAAAUAUGCAAUUUUGCUGGACACCACAUCUCCAACGCUUGCGAUAGGCCUCUGCUGCAAUUUUCUGUCUAUUUCUGUGACAGACCCAUCCUUAUGGACAAUGAGAAGCGACUCAUCGCGUAUGUUGUGAAUUCCAGCAAUACUGCCGGUCUCGAAUUCGUGUUCAAUUAGGCCGUCGAUAGUCCAGAAUAUAACGCGCGACAACAGCCCGUGGUUCAUUCCGGUCACGACAAUUCCAUCCCAGGCAGGACACAAUAUCGAAUCCUCGUCUAUAGGCGUGGCCGACUGAUAUCUAUACAAAACAUCGCCCGUGGAGGAACUGAGAACCGAAUAUAUGUUUUGAUCAGUCAAACAGUAAACGCGGUUGUUUGCGAUGACAGAGCUAAACGGAACUCCUAUCUGAACAGUCUGCCAGUCAACGCGGAACAUUUCGUCCGCUGGAAG